AUGGAUAAGAAUAUUCUAGAUGCUACUAGUGGUGGAGCACUCGUUUCCUCCAACAAAGCUUUAGAAACCAGAAUUGACGGGCUCACCUCUUUAGUGAAACAGUUGGCAGUAGGUAAGACUCAAGCGGUAAACCUGUGUGCUAUUUGUACUUCUCCUGAGCAUCCAACCGAUACUUGUCCUAUUUUACAUGAUGAAUCUAUCACUGAGUUGCCUCAAGCUUAUGCAGCAAACCUUUACAAUCAAGGCAACAAUCAGAACAGGUACAACAACAUUCCUGACCUGCCCACUAAUAAAUACCACCCCAAUUGGAGGAACCAUCCCAACCUUCGAUAUGGAAACCAGCAGCCAACCCAACCAGCAUCUAUCCUCCAAGCCACCAUUUCUACACCCUCUGGAUCUUCAUUAAAGGACCUGGUCAAACAACUACCUGUUAAUAAUCUUCAGUUUCAACAAAGAACAGAAUCUAGUAUUCAAACCUUGCAGACACAGAUUGGACAGCUUGCCACCUCAAUAAAUGCCAUGCAAUCCCAAGGAUCAAACCAACUUCCUGCCCAAGCAGUUGUGAAUCCAAAAGGUCCUAAUGCCAAUGUCAGUGCAAUUUCUUGGAGGUCCGGAAAGGUCACACAACCAUCCCCCGAAAAAAAUAAAAAAAUUCUUGAGGUAACAUCUGAACUUUCUUCACCUUCUUCUGUUGUGGUAGAAACUGAAAAGAAUAAAGAAAAAGAAUAUGUACCACCAGUCCCCUUUCCACAUAGAGUUCUAAAAAAUAAAAGAAUUGAGGAAGGAGACAAAGAGAGGGAGAUCUUGGAUGUUUUUAGAAAAGUUGCGGUAAACAUUCCGCUUCUUGAUGUCAUUAAGCAGGUUCCUAACUAUGCAAAGUUUCUGAAAAAUUUGUGUUCAAACAAAAGGCGGAUGAAAGGUGGUGAGAGAGUUAACUUGGGAAGAAAUAUUUCUGCUUUUAUUCAGCCCAAGCCCCAUUCUGAAAAAGUUACAGGCGAGCAAAAUGUUUCAGCCAUCUCUCAGCAUACAGGUUUAAUCGUUCAGUAG